AUGGUGGUGGUGGCCAGCAGGAGCCCGGGUGUGGUGCUCCUCCUCCUGGCGGCGGCGCUGCUGCUUGCCUGCACCGCCACUGGAGUAGCAGCAGCAACAGGCAACAGUAGCACGAUCUGCGACACGGCCGAGUGCGGCAAGGGCACCUGCAGCGAGGUGCCGGGGAUCAUCCCCCUGCUUACCGCCGGCUACAAGUGCACCUGCGACCCCGGCUGGGAGCAGCCAAAGUUGUUGUUUAACCUCACAGUCCCUUUCGCGCCCUGCAUCAUCCCCGACUGUUCCUUCGGCGCGGACUGCUCGAAGCUGGGGAUCACUCCGACGGGGGCGACAUCGCCAACGACGCCUACAUCAACAACAGCACCACCACCCGGUUCUGCUUCGUCGUGGCGCCUACUGCAGCAGCUGCUCUCGCUUGCCAUCCUUCUUCUUCUUCAGGUCGUGUAG